AGCUGGCGGCUGCGGCAGCCGCGAGCCGGGCGUGAGCGGGGCGGCGCGAGGGCGGCCGAGGUGAGGCGACGCCGGCGCGGCAUGGAUUACCCCGAGCCCGGCUCGCCGCAGGGCGCCUGGGAGCUGCCCGGGGAAGGCGGCGGCGGCGGCGGUUACGGUGGCCGCUACGAGCGGGCGGCCGGCGGCGAGGAGGAGGAGGAGGAGGAAGCGGCGGAGCAUCCCCUGGCCCGCCCGCCCCGCCGCCCCCGGCAGCGCUCCGUGCCGCCGCUCCGCGCCGCGCUCUCCACCUCCUCCUCCGAGGAGGGGGAACCGGAGGCGGCCACCCCGAGCGACUCGACCGGCGGCGGCGAGUUCGAUUCGGCCGAGUCCGGCGCUUCGCUGCGUUACUCCUCCGGCACCGGGGAAAGCGGCGAGGGCGCGGGGCUGGCGAGCGGAGAGAGCGGCGGCGGCUCCGCGCUGCCCGAGAGGAAACGGCAGCGCUCGGCGGCGGGCGGCGGGCGGCCCCGCUAUGAGGUGGUGCGGGAGCUGGGGGCCGAGGAGGUGCGCUGGUUCUACCGGGAGGACCGGAAGAGCUGGAAGCCCUUCAUCGGUUACGACUCGCUGCGGAUCGAACUGGCCUUCCGAGCUCUCGGCCCCGGCCCCGAGCGGACGGCGGUGGAGCCGGUGUGCGUGCGGAGCGGGCUCUACGAGGUGGACGUGGCCAACGCCGAGUGCUACCCCGUCUACUGGAACCAAACGGAGAAGAUCCCCGUAAUGCGAGGGCAGUGGUUUAUUGAUGGUACGUGGCAACCUCUGGAGGAGGAGGAAAGUAACCUGAUAGAGCAGGAGCACCUCAACCGCUUCCGGGGCCAGCAGAUGCAAGAGAGCUUUGAUAUGGAAGUAUCAAAACCUGUUGAUGGGAAGGAAGUUCUCUACUACCUCCCUCCCUUCUCCCUCCCUUCUUUGUUCAAAUGGAGAGGAUAUAAGGAGAAUUCAGAUGCUGCAUGUCUUAAACGAAAGCGUUCCCAAGCUAUUCAUAGUCUAAAGUUGAGUCGCAACCAUGUGGACUGGCACAGUGUGGAUGAAGUGUAUCUGUACAGUGAUGCAACAACAUCUAAAAUUGCAAGAACUGUUACACAAAAGUUGGGGUUUUCCAAAGCUUCAAGUAGUGGGACAAGGCUACAUAGAGGCUAUGUAGAAGAAGCUACCUUAGAAGACAAGCCACCACAAACUAGUCACAUUGUGUUUGUUGUGCAUGGUAUUGGGCAGAAAAUGGACCAAGGAAGGAUCAUCAAAAAUACAGCUAUGAUGCGAGAUACUGCAAGAAAAAUAGAAGAAAAGUAUUUUUCCAACCUUGCAACACAUGUUGAAUUUCUUCCAGUUGAAUGGAGGUCAAAACUCACCCUCGAUGGAGACACUGUGGACUCCAUUACCCCAGACAAAGUGCGGGGUCUGAGGGACAUGCUGAACAGCAGUGCCAUGGAUAUCAUGUACUACACAAGUCCUCUUUAUAGAGAUGAACUUGUCAAGGGGCUGCAGCAGGAGCUGAACCGCCUGUACACACUGUUCUGCUCUCGGAACCCAGAGUUUGAGGAGAAAGGAGGGAAAGUCUCCAUUGUGUCCCACUCUCUGGGCUGUGUCAUCACCUACGACAUCAUGACUGGCUGGAACCCGGUCAGCCUGUAUGAACAGUUGCUGCGGAAAGAGGAGGAGGAGCUUGAAGACACUUGGAUGAGUUAUGAGGAGCGGCGUUUACUCGAAGAACUUUACAUAACCAAACAACGGUUGAAAGAGAUAGAAGAGAGGUUACAAGGCUUAAAGGCAUCCACCAUAGCAAAAACACCUGUCUUAAAAUUUAAGGUUGAGAAUUUCUUCUGUAUGGGAUCUCCACUAGCAGUGUUCUUGGCAUUGCGUGGCAUCCGUCCAGGAAACAGCGGGAGUCAAGAUCAUAUUCUGCCCAGAACAAUUUGUAACCGCUUACUGAAUAUCUUUCAUCCAACAGAUCCAGUGGCCUAUAGAUUAGAACCUUUAAUCCUGAAGCACUACAGCAACAUUUCACCAGUCCAGAUCCACUGGUACAACACCGCAAACCCUCUACCUUACGAGCAUAUGAAGCCAAGUUUUCUCAACCCAACAAAAGAACCUACCUCAGUUACGGAUGGCGAAAGUGCUUCAACUGUACCAAGCCCAACUACUUCACCAGUCAUGGUUCGGCGCCACUACGGGGAGUCCAUAACCAACAUAGGCAAAGCCAGUAUACUGGGAGCUGCGAGCAUUGGGAAGGGCCUCGGAGGGAUGCUGUUUUCGAGAUUUGGUCGCUCAAGUACGCAGACUGCAGAGCCAGGAAAAGAUGGAGCGGAAGGGGACGACAAGAAGAGCGCUGUGGGAACGCCGCCUUUCUCACAGAGCAGCUCAGGCUUCCUCGAACCCACGUUGGAACUGGAGCACAGGAUUGAUUUCGAGCUCAGGGAAGGUCUGGUGGAGAGCAGAUACUGGUCUGCAGUCACGUCGCACACUGCCUAUUGGUCAUCUCUGGAUAUUGCUCUUUUCCUCCUCACCUUCAUGUACAAACACGACCAGGACGAUACUGACAAAUCCAAUUUGGACGCUAUCUGAAUUUUUGACUGGGGGUUGGGAGGGAUGGGAAAGGAAAUCUGAAAACCAAUGGCACAAAACAGAUGUUAAACCGCAGUAUGUAUGGCAUGGAGGUUUCAGGUUUAAGUGCAUGUUUGGGUUUUUUCCUGUUUCUAAGGAGCAAAAACGAUUUGUAUGGAAAAGCACUUUAUAGUUUCAAACGUUUUGCAGUGCUUAAUCAGACCUGAGGUUGUUCCAAAUUCCUGUUGACUUUGCAUAAAGAGACGACGCAACGUGCAGCACCACUUAGGCACCAUCGUGCAUUGUGCUCGGGUGACAUUCUUGUUGAUGACCAUAAUUGCUGUUCAGUUCAUUAAAGUAUAAAAAGAGGAGUUGAUUUAAAAAAAAAAAAAGCAAAAUUAAUUUCCAUUAACGAAGUAUGUGUUACUUACAAACCUAAAACUGCCAUGUUCCAAUGUCGUGUGUGUCAGUCAGUAACGAACGGUGGUGUCGUUUCUCUAGGAUCUGUUCAGCUCCACAUCCUGUUACCCACAGUACCAUUCUGAGGGCUGGCUGCUGGGCCGUGUUCUGCGUGGCACGUGGAGAAACCAACGCUGAAAAGCACCACGAGGAUCUGAAAUACUGUAAUUAUAAUUUAUUAUCUCCGUUUCAUUUUAUCCCAGUGUAUAAAUCAUUACUUUUUUACUGGUUUCUUUUGACAUAAUUUAAGAACCACGUUUAUUUUCUACAGCGUUAAGACUUUUUCUCAGAAAUGCAUAUCUUUGUACUACUAUUCAGAUGAAUAUAUGGACACUGUGGCACACUUUAAGUAUUUUUUCAUUAAAAUAAAUAUUUGUGGUUUCACACAAAUGACGUUAAUCACCUUCUUCUCAAAGGUGAGUCACUGCUUGGCCAGGUCCCAUGUGUCUCUGAAACGUAUGAAGGCUUUGACCUCAGUGUGUAGAGGGUGCCUUUGCCAUGAGUAGAUGUGAAUAUAUGUGUGUUUCUGUAUGGAAACAUGUAUUUGUCUGUGUAUAUAGACAUGCAAGGAGCCGUCAAGAGGAAGGAGAGCAGCAGUAUAUAAGCUUGGUGAGACCUGAGGAUACCAGAACUUAGGUUGG